UGCCGUAGUCGGCUAGCGAGGUCCUGCAAUGUGCAUGCUUCGACUGGGGUCACUGGGCCGCAAGUCGGUGGAAGUGAAGGAAAUGAAGGUGCAGACAUCGACAAGAUACAGAACAACCAAUGCGGAGAUCCAUGGAAACGAGCGAGCCAGAAUCGCCAUCCUCGCAACUGGUAAAAAUACAAAACAUAACAUUACAUGCGCAGGCAACGACAGAAACUGGGGUUCACAUACUUGCCCCUGUCGGAGGACUUUCGCCCAGCGUGACACCGCACUGCUGGAUAAACGAAGACCACCCGUCGUCCAUUCCAGAUUCACUAGUCAGUCCCAGCUCUACCAUUGCACCGCCUUGACCCGAGCUGUGCCCAUAACCAUAGUACCCGGGAUUUGAGAAUAAAUUGGGAUCCAGCAAAGCAGGAUUCGCUUCGGUCUCCAUGGGAAUAUUCGGCUGCAUCACGCUGGAGCUCGAGCUGGGAUACAACAUAUUGUAUAUGUCCUGUGAGAAGAUGUGAGCAUGAACCAAAGACUGAUGUCCCCGAUGACAUACCUCUGGGAUACCGGCGAAGGACAUGUUCAGAUCUUGGCUCGAUGACGUCGCUGGAUUGACGGCGAUCAAUUCGUCCAACCACGAGAAUUCGUCACCAGUGCUGCUGACACUCAGCGACAUUGCUGUCGGGCUAGGUUGCGACGCAGGACUACGGGGGGUCUGGCUUUUGCGCUUGUGCUUGGGUUUCAGGGCUAGAACACGUUUCUGACCACCAAAGAUCGCCAGCUCGUCUGUUCCGAGCGAUGGAACUCCAGUAGGAGAUGGCACUUGGGAGUGCUGGGUGUAGGCCAGUACGGCACGAUCUUUCAGCUUGAUCAAAA